ACAGAAUCAGACAACCAGACACGUACUAAAACUUAACGGGUUGUUAAAUCGAUACACACACUUGCGUAGCAUUCUCAUACCAUAAACACAUACACAAAAUGGCUGAAGUAAACCCUAAAGCAUACCCCUUGGCUGAUGCCGAACUUACUGUCACCAUCCUAGAUUUGGUUCAGCAGGCUGCCAAUUACAAGCAAUUAAAGAAAGGAGCUAACGAAGCGACGAAGACCCUCAACCGUGGUAUCUCAGAGUUCAUCGUAAUGGCCGCCGACACCGAGCCCAUUGAGAUUCUGUUACAUCUGCCUCUACUUUGUGAGGAUAAGAAUGUUCCCUAUGUAUUCGUCCCUUCAAAACAGGCCCUUGGACGUGCAUGCGGCGUCUCACGAUCCGUAAUUGCCUGUUCGGUAACUACCAAGGAAGGUUCUCAGCUCAGCUCACAAAUUAACACGCUUAAAAUUAAUAUCGAGAAGCUUCUCUUUUAAAUACGAGCUUACACCGGCAGUGUCAUACAUGCAGAUUGUGCGCAUCUGGUCGGCAAUUAGUUUAUUCUGUACACAAAUCUACAGAUGCAAUUUGUUGUGUCUGCGGGUGAUGGAUGAGCCUCUGGCAUUGAGGGGACGUAUGAACCCAACCUUGUAUCAAUAAAUGCCAACUUAGACAAUAGUAAAUAUGAAUUGUAUUCAACCAA